UUUUGAAAGCAACAUUGAGUUUUUAGGGAAAAGAAACCACCAGAACUACUCACAGUUCCCCGACACCUCCAAGCCGGAGCCUGGCCCCAGAUCCUGAGCCGCUCAGGAGCCCGGCAGCGCAGACCCACUCGCAAGGCUUUCGCGGUCGUCAGGGCAGACAGCGGGCCGGAGAUGCCUGGCUCUGGAGAUGGUAGCCAGCGGUGUCCAGAUGCAUCAGAGGACGAGGAGGACGAGGAGGUGGAGGAGGUGGAGGAGCAGCAGGUGGAGCGAUGCCCCAUCUGCCUGGGGGUCCUCCCUGGAUCCGGCCUCGCCAUGCCCGACAGCUGCACCCACCUCUUCUGCAUGGAGUGUCUGCUCACCUGGGCGGAGUCCCAGACGGUUCCUUCCUGUCCAGUGGACAGACAGCCUUUCCAUAACGUUUACAUGUGGGACCACCCUCAGGGCUGCGUUCAGGUGCCAGUGAGGAAGCGAGCCAGCCAACCAGAUUCCGAGAGAUGUUUGUGCCGGAGUCCAGAACCAAGCCCUUGUUUGAAGAGUAAACAAGGCAGGCGCGUGCGGAGGCAUAGUGACGAGUCGGACGCUAAAUCUAAAGGACUCGUGAGGAAGUGUAGCGAUGAGGAUCCAGCCUCCAUGAACAGAAAAAAGGUGAGGGGAACCCGCUGCCCCGUCUGGGCCCCUGCCCCGCUGGCCCCCAUCCAGGGCUCGCUCUCACAGGACCUAACAGAUCCUCUGUGGGUGACGGAGGAGCUGGCCAGAGGACCCGAGGGAGGCCAGUGUAAACGACAGCUUCAGGACUGUCCCUGGCUGGGCUUGGCAGCCCCCAUACCCGCCAGCGGCCCCACCAGUGCUGCUGUUUCCAGGCAGAGGUUUCCUGCGUCAAACUGGAACCAGUGUCCGUUCCAGUCGCCCCCCGUCACCCUCGACUUCAGCUUCGCCCCCUCCUUCGGUCCCGGACGCACUCCCGCUCCAAGUCCCGGGCAUUUUGUAUUCCAGGGGCGUGUCUGCGCGGUCACAUGCCCCAAGGGCGGGGACAAGCGCGGCGGCCGAGCCUCGGGCUCCAAAGCCCCGCCGAAGCAGGCGGCGCCUUCCCGGCGUUCCGGCCGCAACAGCCGCUCCCAGGAGGAGGCCCCGCUGUCGGACCCCGGCUCCUCCCCGCCCUCGCCGCCCCGCCCCGCCGACUCGGACUCCUCGUCCUCCGGGGCCCCGCCCCCGCCCCCGCCCGGCAGGACGGCCCAGGGGCCCGGCAAGAGGAAGGGCCGGAAGGCGCCGAACCGGAAGACCGGGAAGAAGGGGAAGGGUCCCGGGAAGGGGAAGGCGUCGGCCCCUGUGCUGAGCUCGCCGUCGGCCAGCGAGGAGGAGGAGGAGGAGGAGGAAGAGGAGAAGGAGGACGGAGGGGGAGACCACCACCAGGAGGAGGAGGAGAAGGAGAAGGAGGGAGUUGCCGCCGAGGGGAGUUCCCCACCGAGGCCGGCGGUCUACUCUGACUCGGACGCAGAGGGGAGCCCCGAGACGAGGCCGCUCCCCAGCCCCGGGAGCCCGGACCUCCCCUCCCACCACCUGGAGACCCCCGACGAGACGGAGGAGGCCCCUAGCCCCCCGGAGGAGAAGCAGGAGGAGGAGGAGCCAGAGGAGAUGGAGAACAAGGAUAAUGAGGAGGAGGAGGUGGAGGGGGAGAGCCACUCGUUGCCGGCGAGUUCUCCCCCUCACAGCCCUGGAGAUGUUUUCUCCAAAGACGACCAGAAGGAGGAGGAGGAGGAGGAGGAGGAAGAGGAGGUGCCGGUGUGCAGCCCGGGGUCGGAAGGAGCGUACUCCCCCCAGGGGGAGAGGAACGCCCGGCUGCCCGGCGGCUCCCCGGGGAGCCCCCCCUCGCCCGGGUCGGACUCCGACGGCCAGGACCAGACGGACGCCGCGGCCGCGGACGUCAAGCGCGACACCCCGACGGACGAGGACCCGAAGGCGGCCCGCGAUCCAUCCCCCGGCUGCGAGACCGCCGGCCCCGCGGGGGGGGCGCCCGGGGAGAAGACCCCGGAGGACACGCCCUCCGACGACGACGACGACACCAACGUGGUCCCCAUGGACUGCAGCCCGCCCGGCAGCCAGCCCGCCGCCGACGACCCCCCUGCCCGGCCCGCCGGCGCCGAGCCCAAGAAGGGGUCCGCCUCCCCGGGCGACGAAGACCCGGCGGCGUCGCCCCCCCGCGGCGACGCGGCCGCCGAGCGGUCCCGGGAGAGGAGCCAGGAGCGGAAGAACGGGCGCCAGCGGCGGACGCGCUUCCACUCGCCCUCCUCCACCUGGGCCGGCAAGGCGGAGGGCCGGCAGGACCCGUCCUCCCGGCGUUCCCGCAGCCCCCCCGCCGCCGCCGACGGCAGCCCAGCCUCCCGCCGCUCCUCCCGCCCCCGCAGCCGGGAGCGCGAGCGAGAGCGGGAGCGGGACCCGCCCCGGAGGGACCGCAGCCGCGAGCGCAAGAGGAGGCGGUCCAGGUCGCGCUCCCGCUCCAGAUCCAAGUCCCGCUCCCGCUCCAGGUCCCGGUCACGGACCCGGGCCCACCGACGGGGGUCCAGCCCGGACCGGCCCGCCUCCCGAGAGCGCUCCCCGCCAAGGGGUGAGCGGGGGAGGGGGACGGCGUGGAGGGGCAGCCGGGGGGGGGACUCCUGGAGGGGCCAGGGCGGCGGGGGGAACUCUGAGAACGGCUCGGCGGCCGACGCCUCCCCGGAGCGACCGCCCCGCUCACGGGACCCCGACUGGGUGGCGGAGCAGCGGGGGGGCGCGGCGCCGGCGGCCCCCUGGGAGGGGGGCUCCGGGUGGCGCGGGGGGGCGUCCGAGCGGGGCCGGGGCGGCGGCGGCGGCGGUCAGGGUGGCUGCAACCGCUCGUCCUCCGGCCAGCAGGGGGACAGCUGGGGGGGCAGGAAGAACUUCCCCGGGGCCGGGAACGGGUCCGGGGGCGACGCCUACAGCCGCUUCAACGAGAACCGCGGGGGGGGCGGCGGGUGGCGCAAGGACAUGGGGGACCGGGGGGACUCCAUGCUGGACCGCUCGGGCUGGUCGUCAGAGUCCAGCUGGGCGGUGAGGAAGACGCUCCCGGCCGACGUCCAGGACUACUACUCCAGGAGGGGGGGCCGGGGGGGCGGCGGCGGCGCCGGAGGGGGGGGCUGGAACCGCACGGAUGAGGAGCCAGCAGACCCCUUCAAGACCGACGCGGCCCCCCAGGCCGGCGUGCCCGGCAACGCCCCCGGCGGCAACCCCCCCCUGCUGCCGCUGCCCCUGCCCCACCCCCCCCAGACGGGGCUGCUCCACAACCCCUACACCGCGGGGGGCCAGCGGGGGGCCCCGCCCAUCAGCCUGCAGCCGGCCGCGCCCUACGCCAUGGCCCCCCAGGUGCCCGUGCACAUGCACUCCGCCGUGCCUCACUUCCAGGCGCCCGGCGCGCACGGCCUCCCCCCUCCCCCCCCGCCGCCGCCCCCCAUGCACCACGGCGGGUUGACGGCGGCCGCCGCCCAGCCGGACGGACACGGGGCCCAGAUGAGCGCUGGUCCGUUGGCCUUCGGGAACCCCCCUCAGACGGUCACCCAGACUAAAGUGGGUGGCCCCCCGCCCCCAGUCCAGACCCACCCUCUCCCCACGUCCACCACGCUGCCCGGCCAGCCCUCCAAGGCCCGGGGGACCGGGGACGGCUCCCAAAAGGAGAAGAAACAGCAGAUCCAGGAGAGGGCGGUGAACGCGGUGAAGAACGCCAUCAAGCCGUACUACCAGAAGAAGGAGAUCACCAAGGACGAGUACAAGGAGAUCGUCAGGAAAGCCGUGGAGAAGGUGUGUCACAGCAGGAGCGGCGAGGUCAACUCCAGCAAGGUGGCCAACCUGGUGAAGGCCUACGUGGAUAAGUACAAACACGCCCGCAAGAAGUGAGCCGCACCCGCCGGGGUCAGGAAGCAAAAAAAAAAACACGAGAGAGCCGACGCACCCCUCCCAGACGGGCUGCAGUGGGCCGCCCCGUCGUCCGCGGCAACCCAGGGGCCCGCCCCGGGAGGGGGGGCGGGGGGACCCGUUCCGUUUUGAUAUCUGUACCUUUUCAUGGAAUGAAGAUUUAGUUUUUGUUUUAGUUUCUUUUCUUCUCAUUUUUGUUUCUAUAGAUUUUCACAUUUCGUUUGUAGAAAAAUUUUAUCUAAUCGUAAAUUGUAACGCGAGAGCCCUUUAUUUUGCAUAAAUGUCAACGCCUCAGGAAGACACCGUGGGCUAAGCCUCCUGAAACACUGCUUAUUCAAUUAUUAGUUUUUAAAGAAAUAUAUAAUGAUCAAAUCCGACGAGCGCUUGGUUUAAAGGACGCCAGACAUGCAUUGCCUUUAUUAAUCUACAGCCCGUGCGGAGGGGCGGGAUUUGCGUGGAUGAGUCUGGUUGGUUGGGAAGUCAGGAAAUAAUAAUGUAGCCAAUCAGCAGUGAGUGUUGUUUGACGGCCAAUCGCAAUCAAUGGUGUGUGGAAGGGGGCGGGACUUCAAUACAUGUAAUAAUUGUUGAUGGAAAACACGAACUGUGCAAAAAUCCCAGAGUAGUGAAAUAAAAUGGUUGUUUCCUGAGAGAA